AUGUGUAAUGUAACAUCGAUUGUAUUUAAAAAAAGUAGUCCAAACUCAAAGAUUACAUGUUAUCUCGGGAAAAGAGAUUUCAUCGAUUAUAUGGAUCAUAUUGAUCCAAUCGAUGGAGUUGUUCUAGUCGAUCCUGAAUAUGUUAAAGAUCGCAAAGUCUAUGCAUCAGUAUUAGCAGCGUUUCGAUACGGUCGAGAAGAUCUUGAUGUUCUUGGUUUAACAUUUCGAAAAGAUUUAUUUUGUUCAACUCAACAGAUUUAUCCUCCUAUCGACGAUCAAAAGAAGUCUCUAACACAUUUACAGCAACGUCUAUUACGAAAAUUAGGGUCCAAUGCGUAUCCAUUCUAUUUCGAAAUUCCUCCACAUGCACCCGCUUCUGUAACAUUACAACCAGCUGCAAGUGAUACAGGAAAACCUUGCGGCGUUGACUACGAAUUAAAGACCUACGUUGCUGAAGCAAAUGACGAUAAAUCGCAUAAACGAAGUUCCGUUCGAUUAGCAAUUAGAAAACUAACCUACGCGCCUGAAAUUCCUGCGCCACAGCCAGUUAUCGAAGCACAUAAAGAAUUUAUGAUGUCACCAGCACCUCUACAUUUAGAAUGCACGUUAGACAAAGAGAUGUACUAUCAUGGUGAAAGCAUCAAUGUUAAUGUUGUUGUGACGAAUAAUUCAAAUAAAACUUUACGAAAGAUUCGUAUUGCAGGUAANGCGCCACAGCCAGUUAUCGAAGCACAUAAAGAAUUUAUGAUGUCACCAGCACCUCUACAUUUAGAAUGCACGUUAGACAAAGAGAUGUACUAUCAUGGUGAAAACAUCAAUGUUAAUGUCGUUGUGACGAAUAAUUCAAACAAAACUUUACGAAAGAUUCGUAUUGCAGUGAAACAAUUUGCUGAAAUAUGUUUAUUUACAAAUGCACAUUACAAAUGUACAGUUGCUGACCUAGAAAGCGAUGAAGGAUUUCCAGUUACACCAUGUUCAACAUUAACCAAAGUUUAUUCACUGACGCCACUGUUGGCGAAUAAUAAAGAUAAACGAGGUUUAGCCUUGGAUGGCAAAUUAAAACAUGAAGAUACGAAUUUAGCGUCGUCGACUAUAAUGGGAAGUAACACUCAGAAGGAAAAUCUCGGUAUUGUUGUUCAAUACAAAGUCAAAGUGAAAAUUGUUGUUUCAAUGGGAGGAGAUUUAUCUGUUGAAUUGCCAUUUACGUUAACUCAUCCCAAACCGCCCCCAACACCCUCACCAUCUCGACAAUUCGAUCAACAAUGUAGGGAUGGGAAUCAAGCUAACGAUAUUCCUAUUGAUCAUAAUUUGAUUCAACUUGAUGCAAAUUUUGAUGGAAAUGGCCAUGAUGAUGAUUUUAUUUUUGAAGAAUUUGCUCGAAUACGUCUUAAAGGUCAUGAAGAUCCGGAUGAAACUGAAACUUAA